AUAUUUUAAACUGUGAUUGAAGGAGCAUAUGUAGUAAUUAUGAUACCAAUGCAACUAGUUUUUGGCAUAGGCUGCGUAAUUGUGGCUGCAGUCGCUGCAAUUUAUUAUAGUCAGCAGGUGCAGGAACGACCUCACUCGAGUGGAGGAAGCUGGAAAGAUGAUAAUAACGAUCGCAGAUUUAAUAAUAGCAAAAAGCGACAGUUUCGUGAAAGCAAGUCAGGCGACAAGUGUCUUAUCUGCCAUGAAGAAAUGACCGAAGUGUCGAUGCAUAAAAUGCGUUGUGGUCAUGCGCUGUGCAAACUUCCUUGCUUUUACGACUACCGCGAAUGGCGUCGCAAUUGCCCAUAUUGUGAAAAAAUCGUGAUACGCAUCGAUCAGCCCGGCGACAAUUGCUCGAUCUGUUGUGAGCCCAUGGAAUUGCCGACAAUGUCGUACUUACGAUGCGAGCAUGCACUUCACACACUAUGCCUACAGGAGUAUAAGAAAAACAAUUAUAAGACUUGUCCCAUUUGCUUUCGUAACAUGUAAGCGCAUUUUGUUAUGCAUCUCGAGCUGAGUGCAUGCAGUGUAAACUAGAGCAAUAUAAAAUGCAGCUGAUAAUGGCACAAACAUAGUUAUAUAUAUAUAU